AUGAGCAACAAAAUUCCUCUUCUCGACCUUCAGCAGCUUAAAAGCUGAGAAAGUUUACCUGGUGAACCUUUUAUUGACCAGCUCCAGCGCGCUUAUAAAAAUCAAGGCAAAGUCCCAAAAGAAGCUUUACAAGAGCUCAGUGAUGAAGGCAUGAAGCAUCUAAUAGAAGUCUUAAUAAACGACAAUUUAAACUUACAAGACCAGCUCGCUAUGAGAGACGAAGGGAAAACUCCUACCUCAGUCGCCUCCAACUCAGAAGACGAAUUCCAACGUGGCACUGCCAAUUUUUCAGUCGCCACCACCUACAACAAUUCCUAUUCCAAACAGCCAACUUUCCCACAAGUCUACCGGCCAAUUGCAAGAGAAGAGCUCAAAAUGCGGCGAUUCAAUAACAUUUCUACUUACCAAAAAGGCAACGCUUUCAAUAUUAAUGAAGAAAUAAAAAAUAAUGCCUCAAAUUUGUAUCAAAAUAAAAUCAUAAAAAUCACAGAAGAAAUAAAUGAAGAAAAAAACAGGAAAAACAUGCUGAUACAGCUGUUUAGGCUGUCGCCUAAGAAAAUGCAGUUUGUGACUGGCUGCUCCAAGGUUCUUGGGCUUUUGUCAGUUUAUAAAAAAAAAUCACAAGAAAUUAUGGCUGAAAACAGUGGAUUGACAACACAAUUGCAGAUAGUCCAAGCUGCGAAAACUGCUGGGGACAAUUCUGAGUCUGAGGUAAAAGAUUAUUCAAUUUUAUCAUACCGAGAAGGAGAAGAAAACAGCUUUUACCAAAGGCAAAAAGAAGACUCUGAUCGGCAAAUUUUAAAUUCUUUGAGAGAAGCCUUUGAAUCUGGAAACACAAAAAAAUUUAGAGAGUUUGCCUAUGGGCUUAUGGGGGAAUAUGAGGCAUCGGAGAUUACUACAAUUUUGGUCAAGCAUGCCAAAUAUUUAGAAGAAAAAAUUUGCUAUGAUUUUAUGAAGCUUGCUGCAAGGAGGAAAGAUAUGGUGCAUAGGCAGCAGCUAAUAUAUGAAAAUAUUAUAUGCCAGAGAGAAACUACUCAAGGGAAAAUUGAAAAACUGAAAAAAGAUAUAGAAAGACACAAUAAUCAAUGCAAAUGUAAAAAUUAA